CGUGCAUGUAUCUAUUAAAGGCUGUAGCCACAGGAACAGCCGCCGCCAGUUCGUCCGCAAACCCUAGAUUCCUCGUCUCCGUCAGGCGAACCCCAACCUUGUGAGGCUGUCGACAUGGGCUCGAGGAUGCAGGAGCAUGAUGGUGCGAGCCCUGCAAAGAUCUUCAUCGGAGGGUUACCGAAGGAUACGACGCUCGAUGCAUUUGUUAAACACUUUGAGGAGUAUGGAGAGAUAGUAGAUUCAGUGAUAAUGAAAGAUCGGAGUACAAACAAGCCAAGAGGCUUUGGGUUUAUCACCUAUAGAGAUGCUUCUGUUGUUGACAAAGUUAUUGAGGAGUCACAUGUGUUUAAUGGAAAAAUGGUGGAAAUAAAAAGAACUAUUCCAAAAGGUGCUGCUCCCUUGAAGGAUUUUAAGACGAGGAAGAUAUUCGUAGGUGGAAUACCAACUACUCUCUCAGAAGAUCAACUCAGGAACUUCUUUUCUGAGUUUGGGAAGGUGCAAGAUCUUGAAAUCAUUAGGGAUCAUACAACCAACCGUUCUCGUGGAUUUGGUUUUGUAGUCUUUGAGAAAGAAAAAGAUGUAGAUGAUCUGUUAGCAAAAAAAGGAAAUAUGAUUGAUCUAGCUGGCACUAAGGUUGAAAUCAAGAAGGCUGAGCCAAAGAAACCUGGCAAUCCUCCGCCUGCUUUUGGCAGUGGAUCUAGGUCUCGUCAUUUUGGCGAUAAUGCCAGCAGCUAUGGUGGUUCAUACAGCAGCGUUGGUGGUGCUGGUGGCUAUGGCCCUCCUCCCACCUUUCGGACACCAGGUGGGUUUGGUCCUAGACCUGGUGGUUACGGUGGUUAUGGAAGUGCUCCUGGUGAAUACAGUGGUGGUUAUGGUGGUUAUGCUGGAGACUACCGGGGAGAACCCUCCAUAGGAUACUCUAGCCGUUUUGGUUCCUAUGGUGGAGGAUUUAGCAGUGGGUAUGGUGGCAGUUUAGGUGGGUAUGGUCGUGAAGCUCCAGGUUAUGGUGGCUCUAGCUAUGGAGGGGGUUAUGAUUCACCAGGAAGCUAUGGGUCAGGACUAUAUGGUAGCAGGGGAGGCUAUGGCAGCGGCGGUGGGGCUGGUCCUGGUCGUUAUCACCCCUAUGGAAGAUAGGAACGUUGGAUGCUAUUGAAAUUUCACUUGUGGAAUGAACUACUACUAAGUUUGGGAGUUCUGGAGGAGUAUUGAUGCCCUUUAUCUAUUAGGCAGUAGACAUUGUUGCACAACUGAGAAUUAGCCUCAAAGAUCGAGCUUGUAUUAGUAUCCAAUAUUUCUACGCUUAUGUCAGGAACUUGUAACAUCAUAAUGAUUCCAACUUGAGAACCUUACUCUGUAAUGUAACUUAUUUCACUGAUUUUUUUCAUUACUUUUAUGAUUUAA